UGGAUGUCCUGGGGCUACCUCGUGAACCCGGGCAACCACAUCGGCUUCAACGGAUCCUACGAGCGCACGUGCGGCGUCUUGUUGACGGUGCUCGGCGUGCUCUACAUGAGCACGGUGCUCGGCCUCGUCGUCGACGUCAUCCGCGAGAAGAUGGACCAGCUCAAGAUGGGGCGCAACGUCCUCGAGGAGGGCCACAGCGUGAUCCUGGGCUGGACGGAUAGAGCGCCGCUGAUCAUUGAAGAAAUCAUUCUGGCGAACGAGUCCGAGGGCGGCGGGCAGAUCGUCGUGUUGGCCGACGAGCCGGCGAAGGACGUCAUCGAGGCCGAGGUCCACAUGCGCUUCCGGGGCCGCAUGCUGGGCACGCGGGUCAUCGUGCGCCACGGGAGCCCCAUGCUGACGCAGGACUUAAAAAAAGUGUCCGUGGACCGCGCGCGCUCCGCGAUCGUGCUCUCGCAGACCGGCGGCGACGCGGACAAGUCCGACGCGCUGGCGCUGCGCAUGGUCCUGGCGCUGAAGUCCAUCGGCGACCUCGACGGCUUCGUUUUAGUGGAAAUCCGCGACGUCGACAACGAGCCGCUCGUGCGGCUCGUCGGCGGCGACGCCAUCGAGACCCUCGUGUCGCACGACACCAUCGGCCGCAUGAUGGUCAUGGCGUCGCGGAACCCGGGCCUGAGCCGCGUCUACGGCGAGGUGCUGGGCUUCGACGGCGACGAGUUCUACAUGUCCGCGCACGCGGAGCUCGACGGCCGGACGUUCGGCGAGCUGCAGGCCAUGUUCCCGGACGCGGUGCCCAUCGGCGUCGCGUCGGCGGACGAGAACCGCAUCUGGCUCAAGCCGAGCCUCGGGCGGGUCAUGAAGCCCGGCGAGAAGGUCGCCGAGGACGACGACACGUACGCGCCGCGGCCGCCCGCGGACGCGGCCCCGGGCGCGCUGCCGUCGUCGACGGCGCGGCCGCCGGCCGUGGAGACCAUGCUCUUCUGCGGCUGGCGCCGCGACAUCCGCGACAUCAUCCACCACCUCGACCGGCUCGUGAUGCCCGGCUCGGCGAUCCACCGUGCGAUCCACCUCUGCACGGACGCGGUCCCGCUGCACGAGAGAGACGUGAAGCUCGCGGAGGAGGGGCUGGACGUCAACGAAUUGGAGCAUUUGCGCAUCGAGCACUUCCAUUUGAACACGUCCGUGCGGCGCAAGUUGGAGGACUUACCCCUGGAGGACUACACGAGCGUGAUGAUCUUCCCGGACCAGGCCUACGAGGAGGACAUGAUGCACAGCGACUCGCACGCCGUCGCGACGCUGCUGCUGAUCCGCGACAUCCAGGCGAAGCGCCUCGUGCACCGGGUCGAGGCGGUCACGCGCGCGCCGCGGAAGUCCGCCGAAAGAAUAGCGGCGGGCGUCACGAAGUGGCGCGACCGCGCGCUGCCGCCCAAGUGCCCCAUGAUCUGCGAGAUCCUGGACCCGCGGACCCAGGCGACCAUCGAGCAGAACACGAGCGUCAUGGGCUCGUCGGACUUCUGCCAGUCGAACCGGCUCUGCGCGCAGGUCUUGGCGAUGAUCUCGGAGAACCGCGGCGUCAAGCUGCUGCUGGACGAAUUGCUAUCCCCCGACGGCACGUCUUUUUAUGUUCAUAGUGCCAAGGACUACGUCGGCGCCGACGAGGCCCUCACGUUCUACGACCUCGCGGCGCGGUGCGCGCGCUGCAACCACGAGAUUUUGAUCGGCUACCAGGACACGGAGUCCCUCGAGACGCAGAUCAACCCCCGCGACAAGUCGACGUCGAAGCACUGG